AAUAUGCACGCCAAUUUAUGUUACGUCAUAAACCAAAUUUCUCAAACUCUUUCCAUUAAAUUGUUAAAAUUUGAGUGUCCUGCUAAAAUGUUACAAUUUCCUAUCGAUUGCCUUAAUGAUAUUAUUGAAUAUUUAGAGGAUGAAUCAAAUACUUUGUAUUCAUGCUUAUUAGUCAGCCGAAACUGGUGUAAAAUUUCCGUCAGAAUUUACUGGAGAUAUAUUAGAAAUCUUAGUACUUUAAUCGCUUGCCUUCCAAAUGAUUCAAAAGAAAUUUUAUAUAAUAAUGGAAUUUCAAUUUCAACUUCAAAAACUCCAGUGUUUAAUUAUGCAUCAUUUUGUAAAUAUCUGGAAGUUCGUAAAGUUAUUAAAGAUAUUGAGCACUUUCUUAGAAUACAAGAUAUUUCAGUUCAAAAUUUAAAUGAUAUCACAAUUAUAGUGUUGCAGGAAAUAUUCAAAUUACUUAUGUGUCAGACUUCUUCUUUAAGAGAAUUAAGAUAUACAUUAACAAAUUUGACAUCGAUAACUUUUACAUCAUAUCCUGGGGCGAGAGAAUGUUUAAAGAAUCUCUCAACAUUAAGUUGUUCUUCAAAUAUUCAUCCUGAAUUUUUUUAUAAGUUAUCCAAAAUAUGUCAAACAAGUAUACAUACACUAAGCAUAAUACUCAAUGAAUUAAUUUCAAACGGAUUAGCAGAUUUAAUUUCUUCUCUGCAAAAUUUAAGGCACUUGAAAGUGUAUCAGCAUAAAUAUGGUGUAGAUUUGACAGAUAUAAAUACUUUGAUAUCAAAAUUUCCUAAUUCUUUGAUUACAUUUAGUAUCUAUAGAGGAAUGGAAUGUUUUUUCAAGGCUGUAAUACCAUUAUCAUUUAUUGCUAGAUUCACAAAUUUACAAGAACUUGUAUUCAUAUUUUCCAGUAACGAAUCUUAUGAAGGUUUUAAUAAAUUACAAUAUGUUGUUUUUCCGCAGUUACAAAAUUUAAAAUUUUACGUGGAAUGUCCAGAGAAUGAAUUAUUAAUAAAAUUCUUGGAAAAUAAUGGAAAAAAACUAAAAGAAUUUUAUGUUAAAAGUAAUGAUAAUUCAUUAAAUUUAGCGAUAAUCAAGUUCUGUCCAAACCUUAGAAAUCUUACUAUUAGAAUUGAAGAUAAUGAAUUAGAAAUAUUAGAAACGAUUCUUAUUAGUUGCAAAUAUCUGGAAAGUAUUAGAAUUUUUGGUUACAAAUAUUACAAUAAGAAAGGGUUAACUGAAAUUAUUAUGAAAUAUUCGUCCAAUAUAAAAUUAUUUCUUUAGUAGCUAGCUAUUAUUAGUACUAGUAUAU